AUGGCGGCCGUCGCUGCGUCUCCUGUACCCGAGAUAGAUUCUGCAUCUUUUGAGAGUCUGAGCUCAUCUCUCGAUGAAGAUAUUGCCCAAGUACGAGCGGAGAUCGAGAAGCUCACCAAACGUCGCAAGCUGUUGACCUCGUCCGUCCUGUCCUCGACGAAGAUACAGAAUCAAGUCUCCACACAGACAGGCCGUGACCCAUCGAGCAACUCAAACCCAUCACAAUUUGAGUCUGCGUUCCAACAAUCCUCAUCGAAUCUCCACCAUCUGAGCUUCGGCGUGACCUCAUUUCCUUUCCAUGAUCCAAGCCCAGAAGUACAAUCGAAAAACCCCUUGCUGGGCAUUCGAAUGGAUUUAUGCGAUCGCAAUGGCCAUUUUGACAACCCAUAUUAUCUGUUCUGCAUCAAAGUCGGCGGGGAAGAAGGGCCAUCCAUCCAGGAACUUCGCAUUCACCGUCACACCAUUCCCGCACUCGUCCCGCUGGAAGAGUACGAGAAGCAAUAUCUACCAUUGUCAGAUGAAGGGUAUGGUGGAUCGGAGGACUCUUUGCUGAGCUCCGAGGGGAACCAGAGAAAGCAGGACCUACACGGCUUGGUUUCGAGAGUGCGCCAUGACCUUGUGGCUUGGAGGUCAAGACAGGACGCAAUUGAAUGGAUGAGGGACAAACUUGAGAUUCCCGUCGUGAGGUACAAACACCGACCAAGUGGCCAAGAAGUCGGACGUGAAAGUGAUGAAGACAGCUCCUUGUUAGACAUUGACGCACCAGCCGGUAGAUUUGGCAUCCGAGAGUUUGAAGCGGUUGGCGUUGACGCUCGACAAGUACGCAUCCUCUGGUCGGACGACAGUGUCGGUCGCAUCAAGAUUACGGACCAAGGCAAGAUCGAAAAGGCGGCAGUCAUCGGCCUUGACGGUCAUAUUGCCAGCGUUGAACGAAUCCUUACACAAGGAGAUGCGACCGUAUUUGACCUCCUCGAUAGGCUGCAAGAAAUCGAGACGAGAGUUCAAGGACAUGGGAUAUGAUAAAAGAGAUGAAGUAGAGCAGAAAAUACACAUCUGCGAGAUGAAUGUGGAAUGUCCAUGGGAUCGACGAGUGAUGCCCAUCAUUCGGUCCAGAAAUUCAUUGUCAUCUUCUUUCGCAAGAUCAUGACCCGAAGCUAGUGCAUGUUGGACAUGUGGGAUGUCGCUGGCCG